CCCUGAAAGUGGUACGUGGUGUGACAGCCUAUCUCUUUUUAGCGCUCCAGAACAGUGUCACUGACGCCCAGAAAUAUGCCGACGGACACGCCCAGACGGAUUUGGACAGUCCAUCUGUCUUAUCAGAUAACGGGUCGUAUUCACCGUCCAUGCUGGCGUCUGAUCUGAUUGCCGUGUUCGCGCAGAAUGAAGAGACGUCGCAUUUGGCUAUGCACUGUCUAAUGCGAGAGGCUUUAAGCACUCGUCACGGCUAUCUGACCGGAACGGAGUUACUUCUGAGCCAUUUCCGUAGUGUAGCUCGCAAAGAAG